UGUAAAUAUGGCCGCUUCGUCCAACUGUCAGACGGGCGCCUAGUUUACAGAAGUCUUGUAUUGUGCUGAGUUCGCCACAAACCGAGGAUUGUUUUGGUGAAAAACCAACCCGCCGAGCGCCCAAGGGUUCAGUAUUUCUGCCCGACAUCUCCAGAUGAAUAAUGGAUCACAAGAAAUCACCGAUUCGCAGGCAAAAACGUCAAUCGAAGGUGUUAGAAGACAAUUUCUGGGACUGUAGUGUUUGUACGUAUCGAAACACGGCCGAAGCGUUCAAGUGUUUAAUGUGUGACGUACGAAAAGGCACAUCGACGCGUAAACCGCGUCUAAAUUCAGCAUUAGUUGCUCAACAAGCUGCCACCUUACCGGGGGCAUCGGGUAUACCAAAUGGAACAUCAAAUAAAUCGUCAUCAUCACGGAUAUCAUCGCGACAUAAAAAUAAACACAAAAAAUAUCCUGCCCGUUUGAAGAAUGUGGAUCGCUCAACUGCCCAAACACGUGAAGUGACCGUCAAUUCUGUGACCGUUGUUAUAACUGAAUACAAGCCAAAACCGGUAGGGAAUCGACGUGAGUCGAGCGAGCAGAGUUUUAGUGAAAGCAACGAUUCACGUAGUUAAGUAAUUGAAAUGAUAAAUGAUGAUGAUGAAAUAGUUAAAUGUACUUCUAAAUAUAAAAUAUUAGUAAUUUAAGGUAAUUGUGUAGGGCGAGGAGUCUAAAAGAAGGUGCGGGGAGUACUGUUUGAAGUUUUUCAAAACUUCAGACAAAAAUCUUCGUGAGAAGUUCGUAAAUUAUUCGAAAUUUACUUUGUUAAGCUUUAAAGGUUCAUGUUUUUAUGUACAUAUGAUUUCCCUCAAGACGAUGGUUUCCAAAAAAAAAAUGUUGAAACAAACGACAAAAUUCCACUUUCUUCUCUCUGACAUCACUAAACAUCACUAAAACAAUCUGUCGACCACAUUUUUGGUAUUUGUCGUUUAUUGAGAAAAGACUUGACUGUUAAGGCUUCGGCGAAUGCUGUUUGCCACUCUAUUGUGGCUUUUUUAUGUACCGUCAUCACAUUCAUUUGAGAUCUCUGAUGUUCUCUCUGAUGCCAACCAACUUCUUGCUCUCUGAUGGCAAUUGAAAGUAAAUUACUGAACGACAAAAAUUGGUCUAGAUUCAUAUUUAUUUUGCACAUUCUCUGUUUUCAGUCCCAGAUUCCAGUAAACGCCGGUCCUGGGAACUGACGAAUAAUUAUCAUCUUUCAUCCAAUUUUACCAGGCCUUAGGCAGUGUUUUGUUUUGUUCCCCAUCCCUUAACCAAAUGUGCAUCCGUGGUUCUUCCGCUUCCAGGGAGUGGAAGAACUCAUCCUUUCAUCCAAAUUUUCCUCAUUGGCCGUACCUGUGUCAGAAACAAACGAAUUGAAGCGGUACAGAAUCAUUUUCAAUUCAAUGUUGUUAUGGAAAUAUUGUAAAAACAUAAAUUAAUGUUAAGUUAGGUCCCGUAAAUUAUACCUAAUCUUAGUAUCCAUUUUCCUGUGGGAGUGUGGAGAUGUAUCCAAGGAAAUCUCAAUUUUAUUUAUUCUACCAUUGGCCUAAUUCUAAUGCCUUGUAGGUAUCGCAAAUACUUUUCCAAAUUGCGAGUAGUAACAGAACUACUUAGUUCGUUCGAUCUCUCUAUUCAAAAACUAAAUUGUAUGUAACUUUUUGAUUUUAUUGACGAUCUCAAGAAUUAACAUUUUUGGACUGCAAUUUUCAUUUCUCGAGAAUGUACGAACCUCGAUAAGAGCAGAGCUGAUAAGAGUUAAAAUUUGUAACCUCCGAGGUUUUAGAAUGAAACAGGCAAACAUUUUAUAGAUUGCAACGAAGAGUAUUCAGUAAUUUGAUUCGGAUAUUCCACAAAAGAUUUGAUUAGAAUAUCCCAAAAAAAAAACAUUGUUAGUGGCUACGAGUUUUUAACCGUCGAAACAGAACAUAUUUAAAAGAUAUUAAUAUAUAUUCUACCUAUAACCCAUUAGGUACAAAGAGAAAAAAAAGUAACAAAAAUAAAAUUGCAUUUUUUUAUUAGUAUCUGAGAUUUUAUUCUGGGCCGAACAUUUCACUUAUGUAUGCACCUCGACCAUUUGGUAAAGCUUAAGAUCUUUCAAUAAUAAAGUGUUCUUCCCGCUGCCGUAGGGAAAGAUUUUCUUUCGAAUGGUUUCAACAAGUUUAGUUAAUUCAAAGCUAGAGCGAAAUCAAGGGUUUAUAUCUAAGAGAGGCGAUAAUAUGGUUCAUGCACUAUUGCAGACUUGAUGCCUUCUUUUGAUAGCCACGGCCAUUAUGCGUAUGCGUGUAUGUUAUAUAAACAAAUUUUACUUAGAACAUAACAUUUUGACUUAUAAAUAUUAUGAAUAGAAAGUAACACAAUAAUAUCGACUACGAUAUGUAAAAGGAAAAAAUCACAUAACUGCCAUGUUUGAAAACAGUCGGAUCAAAUAAAAUUUUAGAUAUUAGAUA